CAUACCAAACAUCACAUUUCCACACAUUUGUACCAACAUUCUCAAUAUCUUAUCAAAACAUCCUCCCUCUUUACAAACCUAAAAACAAACAUAACUAACUUUUCAAAAUGGCGCCAGAAAGUAACAAACAAUCAAUAUUCCCAACGGACAAAGAAGAAGUCAAGAAAAUCUUCAACCGUUUCGACACCAACGGCGACGGUCAAAUCUCCGAAGACGAGCUAACUGGCAUUUUGAAAUCACUCGGGUCCGACACAUCUCACGACGAGGUGAAGCGGGUAAUGGCUGAAAUCGAUGCUAAUUCCGACGGUUUCAUUAGCCUUGAUGAGUUUAUCUCAUUCUGCAAAGGAAUAGAGUCUGAAGGAGACGCGAUCGAUGAUCUCAAGCAAGCGUUUAGGUUAUACGAUUUGAAUAAUAAUGGAGUGAUAUCUGCAAAUGAGUUGCAUCAGAUUUUGAGUCGGUUGGGGGAAAACUACACGGUUGAAAGUUGCGCGAAUAUGAUCAAGUCUGUUGAUUCUGAUGGUGAUGGAUUUGUUGAUUUUGAAGAAUUUAAGAAGAUGAUGUCCAGAAAGGAAGGUGAUGGUGCAAUGUAGAAUUUUUUUACAACAUUUUGCUUAAGAAACAUGUUAUGAGAAUUUU